AUGUGCAAAGAUUAUUUAAAACCAAACACGACAAGUUCAAAAGAUUUGAAUUUAGUUAUUGAACAAUGUUUGAAUACAUCAUUUUGGGAGCAAUAUAAGUUGAAAACUAGAAUAAAAGAAGAUACGAAGUGUCAUACUCAAGAGCAGUAUUAUCCUAUAGAGCCAAUAGAUAUAGUGGUCGCAGUGAUACUUUUAUGUAUAUUGAUGUUGAACUUGGCUGGUAGUGUUUACGACAUACUUAUUGUUAAAAAGAGUUAUUCAGGCAAUAAGUGGCUGCUAUACUUUUCAAUCAAACGGAACUGGUCCAAAUUAACAGAAACACAAAAACUGAUAGGACCCGAAAUCGAAGACUGCCGCCGGGACGGUUGGCAGAACAUGCUCUACAUAAACAACUAUUUUGAUAACACUCGCUGCAUGGCGCAUACAUGGUAUGUGGCAGCGGACAUGCAACUGUUUAUAUUGGGAACAUUUACGUUGGUACUGAUAAGGAGUGAUCAGAGGAGACAAGUUGUGCUCUGGGCUAUGUUUGUACUUUCUCUCUUCACAGCUCCGUUACACACGUAUUUUCAAAACUUGUACGAUAACAUAAUUAUCUCGCCAGAAGUUAUUCUGGAUUUUUUUGUCAAAGAUCCUACUUUCAACCACUCGUACAAGCGCGGCCACACAAACAUGGCAUGUUAUAUAUUAGGGCUUAGCCUCGGCUUGAUCAUUUAUAAAUUGCAGCAGAAGCAGUUAAAUAUUGAAAAAUAUAAGAAAUACAAAUAUAUGUUCUGGGCAACAUGUCCCAUGAUGAUUAUAUUGAUACUUUGCCGUGGCUUGAUGUACAUGGACGGUGUAACACCACACCCUGCACUCAAAGCCAUUUGUGCCGGCUUGUACAGACCACUCUUUGGAUUGCUUAUAUUCCUAUUUAUAUUAGGGAUGGUGUUUAAACUCGAAAAUGUUUAUAGACCGACAUUAGAAUGGCGAGGUUGGACGUCAGCCGUUCGCGUUUCGUACUCCGUCUACAUAGUGCAUCUGAUGUUGAUAUUGAUUAGUGUUUCUUCUAUAACUACAUUAAAUCAUUUGACCAUUUAUGAGGCUUUAUUAUCAUCGUUCGGAACAAUCACCUUUAGCUUCCUGUGUGCUGUACCUCUUUGGUUACUCGUCGAAUCACCAAUUUCGCAAGUCGUUCAACAAGUAACGUCUUCAAAAAAAACUAAGAGUUCAAAAAUGAAAAGCAUUGACAAUAGUAUAGUUUCCAGCUCUGAAGAUAAAAAAAUGAACUAA